ACCAGUAAAAAGGAAGACAGAUGAAAAUGCAAUGGUGAAAAAGCCUAAACAGUGCAAGCAGAGUAGAGAAACUGAUUGCAUGAAAAAGGCGUUGCAAGACUGUACCAGUAAAAUCCUCAAUGAAGAGCAACAUCCAGAUUGUGAUGUGUGUACUUCUUGCAAGGAUGUACCAAAGUUGCGGAAUGCUCCUUACAUAAAGUGUGAAAUUCUGGGAACACAAACAGAAGCACUAUUAGAUACAGGAGCACAAAUCACAGUACUUAAAAGAACAAGAAAAGAUUUACCUCAGGCUAAACUCAGAUUGAAGAGUGCUACUGCACACAGAGCUCCACUAUAUGGACCAACCUGGACGGACUUCCAAAUAAAAGGGAAGACUUAUUCCUUCCAAGUCUAUGAAGCUGACAUUAGUGAAAAUCUAAUUGGAUAUGAUUUCAUGGAGCAUUUUGAUGUAAGAGUCCAUGCCAAAGGACGGUUUGCUAAGUUUGGCUCCAAGGUGAGAGUCCCGUUCAGAGUCAGAAAGUCACCAACAAAAGGAAAGUUUGAUGACGGAACAUUGUACUAUGUGGUCAGAGCCAAUCAAAGGACUCUGUUAAGACCAUUUGUGACAAAGAAGUUGGAGACAAAGCUGGAUGCAGAUUUGGAGGCUGAUGAGCUGGGAGAAGCCAGCGCAUGGGUGAGACAGGGAGACGUAGUGGCCAUGGAGCAGGAUGAGGUGGAGGUGCUGUCCACACCAACACAAUGUUCUGAGCCUUCGGUCACUUCGCCUCUUGCUGGUCUCAACGUGAAUCUGAAAGAGAAAGAGAAUUAUGAAACUGAAAAAGAGAACAAAGACAAAGUGAAAAGUGAGAAAGUCGACACAAAGCAAAAGCAAAGUAUGAGAAUCCAGCCAGAGGAGGUUUUGAACCUCGAGUCUAGUACAAUCAGAACGGGUCUCUUUACCAAUAAUAAAUUUGCAGAAAAUAAAGUCUCAAAAUUACCUGCAACAGUUUUGGUCCAGUCCGGGAUGGUUCCAUGUGUAAGUGCACCAAUUACUGUGACAAUGGAAAAUUUGGGAGCAAAAUGCAUUGAGAUCCCAAAGUAUACCAUCAUUGGAGAAGUUUUCCUAGUUCAUCCAUUGAAGUACAGCGGUCUAACUGAGGAUGACGACGAUGAUCUCAACCCCAAUUUCUUGGGUGAUAUAGAGCCUGAUGAGGACCCUGUCCUUGUUGAGGGGGACGAGGAGGCAGAAGAUACAGAAGAAAUUGUGGAGUUAUGUCACCUUUGUGGAGUGGCUUGGACAGAACACGAAGUAGCCCCACAUUAUGGCGCAGAAAUUAAUACAACUCCAAGAGAGCCACCGUUGGAGAAGUUGCCAGAAGAUUUGCAAACACUCUUGGAAAAGAGCAGUAAAAACCUAACACCAGAACAGAAGGAAGUGUUAGAAAACAUACUUAAGACUCAUCAUGAUGUAUUUGCAAAAGACAACUAUACCUUUGGUACAUGCCCAUGGCUUAGAUUCCGGAUUGACACAGGAGAUCAUCCACCAAUAAAGCAAAAUGCAAGACCAGUCCCAUUGCAUUAUAGAAAAGAAGUCAGAGAAACCUUCUUAAAAUAUCUCAAGAUGGGAGCCAUAAAACCCAGUCAGUCUGCAUGGGCAUCGCCCAUUCUUUGUGUACCAAAGAAAACUGGUGAAGUAAGAGUUUGCGUGGAUUACAGAGCACUAAAUGCCAUAACCAGGGUGCCGGCAGCGCCAAUACCUAGAACACAAGAGUUAUUGCAACAUUUAGCGGGCAAAAAGUACUAUCAUUGUGCGGAUUUGGCACAUGGAUACCACAACUUGGUAGUACAUCCAGAUGAUCAGCCAAAAACUGCAAUAAUCUUACCUGAUGAUUUGGCAUUGCCGAGCAGGCAAUAUGAAUACACCCGAAUGGGAUUUGGAUUGUCAGCAGCACCUGGUGCUUUCCAGUAUGUUACAGACAGACUGGUAACUCCAGCCACAGUGAAAACUCCGGAAAAUGACCUUGGAGACACAGUAGCAGUCUACAUCGAUGAUGUCUGCAUUGCUGGAGAUAAAGUUGACCAAAUGAUGACAAGGCUGAUAGCUUUCUUCAAUAGAGUGAGAGCAGGAGGAUUCUUGCUAAAAGCCAAGAAGUGUGAACUUUUCCAGACGGAAGUCUCAUUCUUAGGCCAUGUCCUGUCAGAAAAAGGAAUAAGAGUUGACAAUAAGAAAAUUCACCAGAUCACUCAUUGGCCAGCACCAAAGGAUGUAAAGGAAGUAAGGUCCUGGUUAGGACUGGUACAAUAUUAUGCAAAAUAUGUACCUCACUUGGCAACCAUAGCCACACCAAUAUUUGCGUUAAUGAAGCAAGGUGUGCCAUUCGAAUGGUCUAAUGAUUGUGAAAAAGCUUUUGCAGAGAUAAAACAAAAGCUGGUAUCGCCACCCAUAUUGGGAACACCAGAUGUAGAGAAGGGCCAAUUCACAGUAACGUGUGACGCAAGUCUAACUGGACUAGGAGCAGUCCUAACUCAAGAGCAAGACGGCAAAGAUGUGACUAUCUCUUUCUGGUCUAAACUGCUCAACAAAGCACAAAGGAACUAUUGUGCUACACACCGUGAAUUACUUGCUCUAGUAGAAGCAAUAAAAGCCUUCAACCAUUACCUGGCAGGAGCGCCGUUCAUUGUAAAGUCUGACCAUGCAGCUUUGCAGUGGCUAAGAAACUUCAAAAAUCCAACUGGACGCCUAGCUCGAUGGCUUGAAAGGCUGGCGCCAUACAAAUUUGAAGUUGUCCACGAGAAAGGAAUCAACAUUGGGCAUGCUGAUGCAUUGAGCAGACGGCCUGCUAGACCAUGCACGGCCAACUGCAAGAAAUGUGCAAGAUUAGAAGAGCGAGACGCGGCAUCCUUGAACUACAUAGACAUGGAUAAACUUUUAGAGCUCGAUACACUACCUUCGUCCAAAAACUUUGAACUAUUCCAUGUCUAUGACAACAUCUUCCACAGUCCACCUUCUAUUCCACUAUGCCAUGCAGUCAGUCAUGAUGGCAAGUUUGGAAAAGGACUGGCAUUGGAGUUAGAAACUCUGUAUCGAGUGAAGAAGGAUUUCCUGAAACAGAAGGACAGAGGAUGCCCAGGAUUAGUCAUCUCUCACAGUCAUGGAAGAUGCAUAGUGAAUGUCAUCACAAAAGUGAAGUACUAUGACAAGCCUACUCCAGAAGAGGUAGAGCAAGCCUUAAUCACUCUACGAUUGUGGGUAAUAAAGCACAACGUACCUGCAAUUUGCAUGCCUGAAUUCUCAUGUGGACUUGAUAAAAUGCAGUUAGCCACACUGGUUGAAAUGCUUCACAGAGUGUUUGGAGACUUGGCCUUCCGGAUCUACAUGUACCACUUUGAACCUGCAACAAACAUACACUGGAAGACAUGUGAUGUACACUGUAAACUAUGUGAAGUAGAGGAUAGAAUGACAAUCCCUGCAAACACAGAUGAAGUGAUAGCCAAUUGGACAACAAUUGUGCCUGACGGAGUCUCUAGCAUGACCAUGGUACGAGACCAAAAGCUUGAUGAAGAUAUAAUGCCCAUCUAUAUGGCUGUCAAUGACGGACAGAAGCCACACUUUCAGGAAGUGUCUGCCUUUGGUCCACGCACAAGAACACUGUGGCAUAAGUUCAAAUCAUUGGAAAUCCAAGACCAUUUGUUGUACAAAAGAAUUGAACAUCCGUCUGGAAACCCUGAAAAGACAAGCACAGUGUUAGUUCUUCCGAGAAAACAUGUGAAACCCACAAUGGAAAUGUACCACACACAGUUGGGCCAAAACAACCACUUUGGUGUUGGUAAGACUUUACAAACCUUGAAGAGAUUCUUUUGGUGGCCAGGAAUGUACAAUGAUGUGGCAGAAUUCGUGGCAAGUUGCACAACGUGCCUCAGAGUCAAAGGACCUCUCCAGAAAAUUAAGGUGCCUCUCAAGAUAUUCCACGAUGGAGUUUUGCAUGGCAGAUGGCAUGUUGACACAGCCGGGCCAUACCCUACAACAAAAGAAGGGUACAAGUUUGUGUUAGUGGCAGUGGAAGCACUGUCUGGAUGGCCAGUAUUUGUGCCACUCAAAACUCAGCAAGCCCAAGAGGUAGCAAGAGCUUUAAUCACUCACGUGUUCUCAGUCUAUGGAGCGCCACUGUCUAUUCUGACAGAUCAAGCUCAGAUCUUCGAGUCAGAGUUGUUCCAUGAGAUAAUGGCACUCUAUCACAUUAAGAAAACUCGAACGACUGCUUAUCAUCCUUCAGCCAAUGGAAAGGCAGAACGUUGGGUAAGAACACUGAAACAGAAUCUCAAGUUACUAUGUGAUGGAGCUCAUCGAAUGUGGGUAGAGUAUUUGCCCUUCAUUGCACAAGCAUACAGAAGUCUACCUCAUGCAAAGCAUAAGUUCUCACCUUAUGAGAUAAUGUUUGGAGCACCAAUGAGGACACCUCUUCAUAUGGAUCAAGGACCACCGCCUGUGAUGCCGGUAAUGAAAGAUAAUUACCCAUGGGCAGUGCGGAAUGCUUUGUGCAAAAUCCAUGAGGAAGUCAGAAAGAUACGAGCUGAAGCUGCAAUCAAAAUGAAGCAAUACUAUGACAGGAAUGCUGGAAUUUGUCCUUUCAAUGUAGGAGACAAAGUUUUCCUAUACAAUAAGGCAUUGAAAUGGUAUGAAGCAUGCCGAAAGCUACAUAUUGAGUGGACAGGCCCCUAUACCAUACUCACUCUUAUAAAUGAUUGUGAUGCUCGAAUUCAAAAUGAUAAAGAGCCUUCUGACAUUCAAGUUGUACACAUGGAUCGCCUUGCACCACAUCCUUCAGUUGGAGAAGAAGGUGUCGGAGCUUGGCUGAAUUGGCUCACAUUCAAUGGAACAGAUGAAUCCGAUGAAUACUUGUUCCUGCAAGAGAGAAAGAAAAAGGAGUGAGACAGAGAUACCAAGUAACACCUGAGACCUCAACAA